GUAAGCAAGUAAAGUGCUUCGUUACUGUCGGCUUCUAUCAAGUACUUUCUAGUUACCUAAAUUUUCGCGAUGGCUGUUGGUGAUCUCAAAACUGAUAAGGGUGUUAAAGAUUUAAAUUCUUACUUAGCGGAUCACAGCUAUAUCGAAGGGUGGCAACCUACUCAGGCUGAUGUAGCAGUUUUAGAAGCUCUAGGAAAGACUCCGACAUCUUCAAAUCCGCAUGUUCUACGAUGGUACAACCACAUAAAGUCCUAUGACUUGAAAGUACUUCCUGGAGAAAAGAAAGCAUCUAUUCUCUCAAGUAGCAGUAAUGUUAGUAAUACGACAACAGCUAAGAAUGAAGAUGAUGUAGACCUCUUUGGUUCGGAUGACGAAGAAGAUGCGGAAGCUGUGAGAAUUAGAGAAGAAAGAUUAAAAGCAUAUGCGGAAAAAAAGUCAAAGAAACCAGCAUUAAUUGCCAAAUCUAGUCUCGUGUUGGAUGUAAAACCAUGGGGAGAUGAUACAGACAUGAAAGCCAUGGAGGAUGCUGUUAGAUCUAUACAGAUGGAUGGGCUAGUUUGGGGAGCUUCUAAACUAGUCGCUGUGGGUUAUGGUAUUCAUAAAUUCAGAAUAAUGUGCGUCAUUGAGGAUGACAAGGUGUCUGUGGAUUUACUGGUAGAACAAAUCGAAAGUUUUGAAGAUUUAGUUCAAUCCGUCGACAUUGAGUCAUUCAAUAAAAUAUAAGCAACUAUUUGUGUCCGUUACUUUUAAUAUAAACUUAAUAAAUAAUAACCAUUGUUUGUAUAUAUAAUUUGUUAUUGAAUGAUCCUGAAGAACUGCUAAUGCUACUUCAAUGGUAAUAUAUU